GAACUCACUAACGUUAUAUUGAUGCCGUUUUGCAGUAGUAAAGUAUAUUUUAAUAUUUAAUUUAUUUAUUGAAAAUUAUACGUUAUGGCUUCCACUUCCAAAGAUGUUCCCGCGGUCGUCAUUCAGGACAAUCCUCCAGACGAUUUGGAACCUGGUGCAUGUCACGACAGCAUCCUAAAUCCUACAGAUUCUUUCGAAGAGUUCGCUUCGGAGAUGAGCUCGAGUCUCCAAGAGAGGAACAUAUCAUUGGCCACAAAAAGUAGUACUAUUAGUGAGAUACAAAGUGAAAUUGGUGAAAAUUCUGCGCAAAUGAAGCCCACGAAGUCCAGUGAUGAUUUACAGACUAAAGACGAGUCAAUAUCGGCUUCAACUAGCAACUCAAACUUGACGGAACAGAAUGGUGAUGAUACGGACACAGAGAAGGAUGAUUAUCUUCAAUCUCCUGAGUUGGUGAACAAAGAGAAACAUGUAUUCAUACUAAGCUCUGCUGGUAAACCUAUUUAUUCUAGAUAUGGUAAUGAAGAUAAGUUAGCAGGCCUAUGUGGUGUGAUUCAAGCUCUCGUAAGUGUGGUUGAGGAACAAAACCAGGAUAUCUUGAGAUCUAUAAGUACAAAUGAUUGUAAGGCAGUCUUCCUGGUGAAGGGGCCUUUGAUACUGGUUGCAGUUUCCAAGUCGAAUGAGAGUGAAACGCAACUUGUUUUACAGUUAACGUAUGCAUUUAACCAAAUAGUAUCAGUACUUACUCUAACGCAGCUGAACAGGAUAUUUGAACAGCGAAGGAACUAUGAUCUGCGGCGACUGCUCUCGGGGGCCGAGCGACUUAUUGACCACUUACUUAUAUUUAUGGAGAAAGAUCCCGCGUUUCUAUUGGGCGCAGUCCGUUGCCUCCCAUUACCAGAGAAAGCAAGAGAGAACAUAACGAGUGCGAUUCAAACAACAUGCAACAAAAUAAGAGACCUAGUGUUCGCAAUAAUGCUCGCUGGGAACCAACUGAUUACUCUAGUGAGAAUGAAGAAGUACACGCUACAUCCAUCGGAUAUACACCUACUGUUUAACUUGGUUAGAAGCUCCGAGUCUUUCAAAACGGCUGAAAGUUGGACGCCGAUUUGCUUACCAAAGUUUGAUUCGACAGGCUUCCUCCACGGCCACGUGUCCUACAUAUCAGAAGACUGCCAAGCCUGCCUCCUACUCCUAACAGUACAACGCGACGCCUUCUUCCCACUAUCACAAGCGAAACAUACGAUCGCAGACAAACUCAGACGAUCAAACUGCCUAGUCGCAAUCAAUGACGCACUAAACAGAAAUGAAGAACUACCAACAACGAACCCUUUAAAACAUAUAGGCAUACCAGAAAUUAGACACUUUAUGUACAAAUGUAAAUCCACGGCUCAAUUAUUCUCCUCUGAUCCUAUCAGCUUAGAUAAGCUCCAGGAUUAUAGGCUGAGACAUAAAGAAGGCGGUGAUAUUAUGGAGAAGAAAGUCGAACGAUUAUCCGAUAUUGACUACGUGAGGAAUUAUAGGAAGUUCUGCAGUUCCAUACAUUGUACUUCUACGCCUGCCAAGUUGAUAUUUCGGUCGAAUUCCUGUGAUACUAUUUUGGCUUGGGUUACAAAUGGCUUCGAACUCUAUGUAACGUUCGAUCCCCUAAUGGAAAAAGACCAAGCCAUAAAAGCAGUAGACCGUCUACUCAAAUGGAUCAAGAAAGAAGAACAAAGGAUCUUCAUAAUGCAUGCACCAACCUUCUAGCCAAAGUUCACUGUGCCUUCAUUGAGUGGCAUGAUUAAAAACUCUUUGAAUCGAAACUCAAGCGCUGAGGAUUGUCUAUGAUUUUACGUCAAAUUUACCCGCGAAUUUGUUAUCUGUGAAUUUUUUUAUCUGUAGAAAUUUGACAGUAUUGUCGAUAUGUGUUUAUGAUGAAUUUAUUGUUGUUAUCAAUUAUUUGAAUUAAGAAUUUGAGAGAGAAAUUUAUAUUGGAAAAUGAAUAUCAAAUCUCAAAUCUAUGCUUCCUUCUUCAAUAGACCUAUAAACUUACCAAUUAAGAGUAAUUAUAACUGGGAUAUGAACUCAAUCACUUGGAAAUAGAGUCCAUUUUUGCAUGGAUAAAACCACACUUCAAUGAUAAUCUGGGUUUCGAGAUUAGCUGUGUUAACAAAAAGAUAAGAUAAUACUUACCUACAUAUUAAAUUUUAAUGAUACUAAAGACCUAAAUUGCUACUAGCGCCCUCCCCCUGAAGCGACUUCAUUUCUUUAGUUGAAAGUCAUCCGUCAGCCAUCACUAUCACUUGGUAUAUUGGAAGCAAAUUUAAACCUUAGGGCUUUGUAUUUAGGAUUUUCCUUACAAAUACUGAAUAUUGUAAUAAUUUAACUUUGGUGAAUGCUUACCAUCAGACGAGUUGUAAUGUAUUGCCGCACCAAUCGCUCGACAUCGGUCGACGAUGAUCGGCGCUUGGGGUAGCUCUAAUUGAUCGACGAAUACUGGUCGACUAGCCAAACGAUCGAUUGCCGGUCGAUGGCAUCGGUUGAUACUACUCUGAUGGGCAGCGGGUGAUAAUGGGGAAAUCAAGCAGCUUGGUCGACGUCGAUCAUUCUAAUAUCGAUCGAUAGCAUGGAACGACGAUUGAUCAAUUGAUGUGCUAACAUCCUAAAGUUGACUGUUACAAAUAUCAAAUAGUAAACUAAACUCUUUAUAAAUAAACUUCCAUUCCGCUAAAACUUAGUUUAAAUCCUAUUGUAAAAACAAGAACAAUAAAAAUAACGUAUUAUUUAUGAUGUUAGUAAUAUCAAAUUGUAUAGUUACAUUAAAAUUUAUUGGAAU